CACACAACUUUUGACAUGUAGAAAUCCAGCGACAGUAUUGGCAAGCUUUGAAAAAAAAUAUGUAUAUCUGUCAGGAGCUUUCACUCAGUCGCAAUUUAUUUUUCAUUUCGUCAGAUAUUGAAAAUGGGUUCUUCUAACGCGGAGAGCUCCAGAAUAAAGUCGUUGAUUAACUUCUCUUCUUCGCCUAGUCGGCACACCAAUGGUCGGACGCAAAAAAUAACGAAUGUGCCCGGUUCCAAGGAGCCCAAAGUCCAGAUGGUGCAAUGGAGUUACGCCGGAUACGGCAGUUUCCAGGCCGGAAGUCAGGAGCGACUCAAGGUAUCGCAAUUCUCCGGACGUGGGGACCGUACAAACCUCAUGAUCAACUUCCUGCCGCAGGACAUGAAGGAGGCAGAGCUGAACGCGAUCUUCUCCAGGUUCGGCGAGAUCCGCAAGUCCAAGAUCAUCCGCAACUCCUUCACGGGCAAAAGUUGCUGCUACGGCUUCGUGGACUUCGUGUCCAACCGCCAGGCGGCGGCGGCCAAGAACGAGUUGGAUGGACACCAGAUCCGCGGCAAGCGCCUGAAGGUGGCCCACGCCAGGCCCUCGGGGCAGGAUAACAGGAACGCCAACCUGUACGUGGCCCACUUGCCGAACUACAUGGAUGAGCAAGGGCUGCACGACCUCUUCUCCCCCUACGGCCCCAUCCUGGACGUGAAUGUCAUGCGGGACAAGCUCACCAAGCAGGGCUGUGGCGUGGCCUUCGUGCGAUACGAGCAGUUCAAGGACGCCAAGGUGGCCAAGCUUGCCAUGGACCAGCGCCGCAUCAACGGGGCCUACCGGCCCAUCACGGUCAAGUUCUACGAGCGCCAACUGAAGGGACACCCUUCCCAAGGCCGUGGUGGUCCGAACCAAACCUCUAAUGGCCUCCAGUUCAAGUUAACCCAGCCGAACAACAAGCGACGUCUAAAAUCGCCACCGAUCUCCAAGCGCCGCAUGGAGACGGAGGCUCAGAAGGAUCCCAAGCGUCCACGAGUUCGAAAUCACUGUGAAUCCCAGCAAUCAUUCAAUUGAAAUUUAUUUCAACACUUCACUAUAUUAUCUAUGCAUCUUACGUGUCAUAUUCAGAAUUAACUCAGAACAAAUGUUUGCAAUAUUUCGCCAUA